AUGCUUUUUACUGUCAAUAGUUUACCUACAUUAAGAGUUGAAGCACAUAGUAAUGUGAUUAAUCCUAUUGAAAUUAUCAAUCAAAUGUGCAUAUCAAUGCAAUCAUUUAUUAGUUCUUCACCAGAUUUUCGAAUAUUAACUCUUAGUGAACAAAUUUCAUUGUUCGAACGAAAUUUACAUUGUGUUAUUGCCUUUUAUUCAACUCUGUUUUUUCGUCAUACAGGUAUUCUUCGUAUUCCUGAAUAUCUCAAUGCAUUUAUAACAAUAUAUGGAUCAGAUAUAAUGUUAUCUCUAAGACAGGCUAUUGAUGAGUUAGAUCCUGAUCCAACACUGAUUAAAAUCAUACUUAUUAUUUUAGCUUUUUCAUCGAAUUGUCUUAUUGUUAAUACAAAUAAAACAAUGGAACGUGAUAGUUUAUUAGAUGGCACAUUUCGUCUAUUAGGAAGUCAGAAUGUUUAUGUAGAACUUUUAUGGAAAUAUUUGAUUUCGAAAUAUGGUUAUGAUAAAUCAAUACUUCGUUUCAUUCGACUCAUACAGAUCAUCUUAUGUGUAAUAAAAAAAUUAGCAAUUGUUCAUACCAAUAAUGCAACUCAUCGAACAAUAUUUGAUGAUAUUGCUGACAGAACAAAACAAACUCUUGCUAAUAACGAAAAUGAUCGAACUCUUUUAUGGGGGAAAGGCUCUACUGGUUAA